AUGUGGUUAAUUAUUCGUUAUCUAUCAUUAUUUUUUCGAUCACGAAGACAUUUUUCGUUUUUAUUUGUUAUUAGUUUAUUUUUUUUGACAGUAAAUAUUUUAUUUACUAUUAAUGAUAAUCGUCAAUCGGUUCAUUUGCUACUAAAUCCAAAUGACAAAUUAAUAUCAAAAAAGCCUGAAAGUAUUUUGCUAAAUGGAUUAAUUACAAAAACUAAUACUAUUAUUCAAAAAAAAGGAUUAUGGCCAGUCGAUGAAAAAGGUCGUUCGUUAAAAACUGAUUUUCUCGUCCUUACUAUACAAGGACAUUAUGGUUCUUAUGUUACUGAAGGUACACAUGGACAAUGUUUAUCAUCAAAUACAACAUUUACUUGGACAACUCAAAAAGAUCGAAUUAAUGAAGUUGAUUUUGUUGUAUGUCAUGGUGUUCCUUUUGAUUCAUAUUCUCAUUUGCUUCGUUUACAAUUAAAUAAUGAACAACAACAAUAUUCAAUGGGUUUUAUUUUGGAAAGUGAAGCAAAUUCACCAACAGAGGGUGAUUGGACACGAUAUAAUUUUAAAAUGUCAUAUAAUCUUGAUGAUAGUUAUCCAGAACCAGCGACAUAUUUUGAUGUAAAUCUAUAUAUAAUUGAUUUACUUAAACCACCGUCAAUAACAUUUGAACAAAAAGAAAAACAAGCAGAUAUUGUUUGGAUUAUUUCAAAUUGUCAAGUA